AUGGCUGGUGCGCGGGGUUGCUACACCGACGGCGUCCGCCACAUGUCUCCGACCAGGAACUUCACCCCGUGCAGCAGUCCUCGUAGCGCCAGUUUUGCUAGGGAAUACAGCAGGAUUAGCCAGAAGCACAUAUUAAUAAAUUCUUGGAGAGGCGCAGAGGCUUCCUGCGCUGCAUACUCUUCUAGUUACAAGAAGUUUGUUGAAGACAGUAUUUUAUUAUUGUUUUCUUCUGUUGAUGUGCUACAUUUUGCUAAGAAGUUGUUGUUUGAUGCUUUAGGUGAUCAAGACAGGGGUGCUUCAUCAAGAAACCGAUCAACAGUUCGUGAUCGUGAACGGAGCUCCCAACAGUCCUCUUCACGUAGGGGUUCUGGCCCAAGUGUGUCCAGACGGCAUGAUCGGGAUGGCACAGUGAAGUCAAGAGGCUAUGCCAGUUUUGGAAGAAGCAACAGAGACAGGGUGUGUGAAAAGGACUCUGAUUUCCAUGAUUGGGAGAGUAGGUUGGGUCUUCCAGAUGGCCCUUUGCGUGAUGGCUUUGGGUCCUUUAGCUCUUGCAGACCUGAAAGCGAUAGGCUCAGUCGUGUUCGUCCAAAGCUGGACACAUCGACUCGGACAGCUGGAGUAAGUUUGGAAAAUGGUAAUCUAUCUAGAAAGGAUGCUGCUGGUAUCUCCUUUGAGCGAGAAUUUCCACACCUUAGUUCUGAGGAUAACGAUGGGAAGCAAGAUAUUGGUAGAGUUCCAUCUCCUGGAAUUAGCACCCCGCUUCAGAGCAUACCAUUGGUUACUGCACCUGAUGGCUGGAACUCGGUGCUAGCAGAAGUUCCUGGACUUAGUGAGCCAAGCAAUAACUAUGUUUCUUCUGGUUUAUCACAUGCUGGUUCCGGUAGGCAGCCUGAAGUGUCGAGCUGCGGAACGGCAUUAAGCAUGGCUGAAACAGUAAUGCAAGCACCAUUAAAAGUUUCCACCACACCCCAGCUAUCUGUAGAUGCUCAAAAGAUUGAAGAAAGAACUAUGAGGCUACGACCUCUGACGCCUUCAUCAAACAAAACAUCUAUAUCAAGUUUGUCGGAUAAGUUAAAAAUUAGAGGUGCAAGAGCCGGGGAUUCUAAUGGUCCUGUGAAGACUGCGCCACAACUGUCAACACAGCCUUCUAACAGCUCUGUUCGUACUCCAGUCAAAUCUGAGCCUGUAAAGCCAUCUCAAUCAGGAAGCUUUCAAGUCCUGACCCGCGAGCAGAAUGGUGCUGCAAAUACUGCCAAAGACUGCUCCAGCAAUCCUGUGAGCCCUGUUCUAGGUCAAUCUUCUUCAGUGGAACCACUGGAAAGGUCUAAUGUCAACCAUAAGCUUAAAGGUGUCGUAAACGGCCCCCCUUUGCAUGUACAACAAGGUUCAUCUGGUGAGAGGACAUCAAUUGCAAAAUCAAAGCAUAAAUUCUUUGAGUUACUGCGGAGCAAAUCUUUAAAUGGUUCAAGCGCUCGUAUCGAGUCCUCAUCUAGCUUGGUUGAUGAGCAGAAGAACCCCUCUGUUGAUUUGUCCUUGUUCAACAGUGGAAUCAAGUGUAUUGAAACUGGAAGUAGUUCAUGUGAGGAUGCAAAUUCUUGUGAUGGAUCUCAGCGACACCUCUCCGACAAUGAGGAAAUCAAGCCACCUUCAGAGCCUCAUGAUGCUUUUUAUGAGGGGUUGCAUGAGAUUGUAGCUGACAACAAGGACGCCAACUCUUCAUCAGAUCCUGUUGAUGCUGAAGAUGAAGCUAAAGCUAGUCUGUCCAUUAUACCCACAGAUACAACUGAUGUUUCAGCGAGGUCAGACUCUAGAUAUGACGAAGCCCUUUUGUUGUCUGAGCCCAUUGUAGCAGGGCAAGAGGAAUCGUAUCCUACCGAAGACGAACCAAGUCCAGAAGAAAUGGCUUUCCUUAAAUCUCUUGGCUGGAAACAAGACGAAGUAGUUCCUCCACUGAAACAGGAAGAGAUCGCUGAUUGUUCUCAAUGA